AAAAGUAAGGAAAGUGCCAGUGUAUGUGGAAGUCAGGAAGGUGCCAGUGUAUGUGAAAAUCAGGAAGGUGUCAGUGUAUGUGGAAGUCAGGAAGGUGCCAGUGUAUGUGGAAGUCAGGAAGGUGCCAGUGUAUGUGAAAAUCAGGAAGGUGUCAGUGUAUGUGGAAGUCAGGAAGGUGCCAGUGUAUGUGGAAGUCAGGAAGGUGCCAGUGUAUGUGGAAGUCAGGAAGGUGUCAGUGUAUGUGGAAGUCAGGAAGGUGUCAGUGUAUGUGGAAGUCAGGAAGGUGCUAGUGUAUAUGGAAGUCAGAAAUGUGUCAGUGUAUGUGAAAAUCAGGAAGGUGUCAGUGUAUGUGGAAGUCAUUAA